UCAGUGUGAGAAAGAAGCUCUGCGGGGCCGCUGUUGCUGUCUGGGACCGAUAUGCAGAGGCGGGCCGGGAGAGGCACUAGAAAUGACGGGCCUGUAGUAUUCCGAGACGGAGUUGAUGAUAGCUGGACCCGAAUCUUGAUUAUAUUCGUCGGUCGGUCAAAAGGCUCUAUUAAAGCAGGAAAGGGCCGUUUGUAUGUGAGCGGGUGACUGUUGCACGCGCAGCCUCUCAUUGAGAAACACUAGCCAGCUAACUCUAGUCAUGUAGAGCUCCAUUCACAUGGACACGACUACACAUCAUACUUGUGUAUUAUAUCGCCUCUUUGGCUUACAAACUCUUGGCUGAGCCGUUUCCAAUGGAGAUGGAGGGGCGUUGUGGAUUUAGCUAGUCAGAGCGCAGUAUUAACCGCGGGACAACACACUUCCCUGUUGAAUCUGUGGCUUUGAUAACCCGAUAAAAGUGCUCCUCAGGUGUUGCUUUGAUCGUAAAACCUCUGAAUAAGACGUGUUGGUUUAACUAAGUAUUUUAAUUUAUGUUUUUAUGGCCGGUGAGCAGAUAAAGUUAGCUGUAGCUUAAGCCUGGAUCAGACCAAAUGAAGGAGUACAAAGUAGUUGUGCUGGGCAGCGGCGGCGUGGGCAAAUCCGCACUCACGGUCCAGUUUGUGACCGGGACAUUCAUCGAGAAAUAUGACCCGACCAUCGAGGACUUCUAUAGGAAGGAGAUCGAGGUUGAUUCGUCUCCCUCGGUGCUGGAAAUUCUGGACACCGCUGGGACCGAGCAGUUCGCCUCCAUGCGAGAUCUGUAUAUUAAAAAUGGGCAAGGCUUCAUUUUAGUUUACAGCCUCGUCAAUCAGCAGUCAUUUCAGGACAUCAGACCAAUGCGGGACCAGAUUGUUCGUGUGAAGCGCUUUGAGAAGGUGCCUCUGAUCUUGGUGGGGAACAAGGUGGAUCUGGAGUCAGAGCGGGAGGUCGCAGGCUCUGAUGGCCGUGCCCUUGCACAAGAGUGGGGCUGCCCUUUCAUAGAGACCUCUGCCAAGAGCAAGAGCAUGGUGGAUGAGUUGUUUGCUGAGAUUGUAAGGCAGAUGAACUACACCACUUUGCCCGAGAAGCAAGAGCAGUGUUGCACCGCCUGUGUUGUGCAGUGAGCAUCCCGGCCUUACGUUUACUCCAGACACAUCGCCCAGAUGGAUGCUUUCUUGAACCAAUCUCUGAUCUUAUGACCCUAUGAGCCACACCUGUGCCUCUGAGCCACUUGAACUCUGAUACUUAAGACGUCUGGCCAAAGCUUUGCUUUGCUGGCCAGAAGUAAAUCAACGCAGGGUCUUGAAAACUGAAAUCCACUGAGGUCUGCAUUGUAGAGCACAUUUUCAAUAUCUUAAAGUUAUCUUUUGGUUACCUGAAAACAAGUCAAGUCUGCGAAUUUGAGCACAGAAAACUUGGGGAAUGGGGAUAUCUGUGACAGGGCUAUUAAUAGCUAUUUUUCUUAUAUAGGGAAAAAGGUUAUGAUGAGCAGGUCAGCUCAGGGCUAUAAUACCCCUGGAGAUGCUCAGUUGUACAUUUUCCUGUUUUUCUUUUAACAUAUUAAGUUUGAUAUCCAGUUAUAAAGCUGUAACAGCCAUUAUGCAGGUUUGAGACCUCAAUAUCUAACUUUUUUUUUUUUUUUUAAACUACUGGUAUGUAUGUUUUCUCUCCUAAUACUCUAUUUAUUAAAGUCUUUAAUUGCCAGAAUAGAUAAAUAUUGCAUUUUUAUAAUCUGUUGGCCGUUUUUGCUUUUUGUGACUACAGUAUGCAUUGUUUCUGAUGUACAGUAUUUACGAUGCCUUAAAUGAUUACAGUCUGAAAGCAGUGUUGAGUCAGACUUUCCUUUCUGGUAAUCUUUCUUCAUUUACAGGAUGCCAUAACUCAUUCAUACCAUUCAGCUUGUUUUUGGCUUGCCUGACAAGUUUUUACCUGGAUUUUUAACAUUUAGAAAUUUCUGCCACUGCUUCCAAAGAAACAUUGUUACAGUUGUCAAUUAAGGACAUUGAGACAUCUAAGCCAAAUCAACUAAGCAAAUAACUCUUAAAUCAUUGCAUGCAAUAACUAACAAUAGGUUUUUGAUGAUGACCUUUAAAUUGUUUGGAAGUCAGACAUUAUCAGUUCCCAACUAUCAGUCAUAUUGUGGCUAUAACCAAAUGGCUGAAACGGGAGGAUCUUAUAAUGCAGAACAGAGAGAGCUUUAAGAAGUAUACUGUUUGAUUUCUGGGUUCUUAAAGUGGAUGGACGAAGUUGGUAAUUUCCAACUAAAACCUUCCAUUGAAUUAAGCCUCAUUCCAUGUGUAUGCUCAUGGAACAAGCAAACUCUGAUUGCUUAGCAUAAGUCAAUCUCUCUGGCAUGCAUCCAUAUUGAAAGUUUAUGACAAUUAGUCGUAAGAAAUUAUGACAUUGACAAAAUAUGUAUGGCUAAUACCCUCAUCUUAAAAUCGGUUAUGAUUUGUCAUAAUUUUCAGUCUAACUUUCAGUUGAUCAGAGCACUGAAGCAUUGCAUUGAUGGAAUUGGCUUUUUUUUUUUUUAUUGAGCUACAUUAGUAGCAGCUAUGAUUUUGUCCCAGCACAAGGCUUUGCUUGUAAACUUUAUGAUGAAAAAUUGUUAUAUUAAGGUGUUGAGAGAAAAAAGUCUUUGUGCAUUCCUGAAAGCAUUUAAAUACGGCAUUAAAUAUAAUAAUAGAAAGCUUUGGUUG